CCUAAGAGUCUUAGGCUAAGACUCUUAUACAUGUAUGUAUUUGCAUAAUAAGCGGAGUAACCUUGAUGCGUGCAUAUCAGCUACGAAUUUAAAGUUUAAGUGUAAGUUAAGAUCUUGCGAUCGACUCUUCAUUAUACGUACGGAAUCUACCUUCUGGUCUUCAGCUCUCAAGUCUUUCAUCGCAAAAUUAUGGCCGGCUCUCCAGAGACGACGGAGAAGAAAUCUAAUAAAACUACGAUACAUAAUGCAAACGAAGACGCCGAAGACGAGUUGACAGCCCCCGAAAGGUUUCCGCCCGAGGAAGAAGCUAGCCUUUUAGGGGAAUCCAACGAUAAAAAGUUCGAAGCGAACGCGCUGUUUGCCUCAGCCAAGUACGAGAAUGCUAUUACGAAAUACGAAGAAGCUACUUCAGUUUGUCCACAUUAUUUAGACUACGAGCUUGCCGUAUUAAAAUCCAACAUUGCCGCAUGCCAUCUGAAACUCGAGCAAUGGAAGGAAGCUAUCAAGGCAGCUACCGAUUCCAUUAACGGCUUGGAUCGCCUAGAAAAAGCCGAAGCUAGCCAAAAGGAGGACGAAGAAAAGCAAAAGGAACCAAACGUUGAAGAAGAUGAAGUUGAAGAGGAAAUCGUCAGCUCAGGGGCUCAAAAAAGUGCUCCCGCUGCAAAGGAGGAAACCACCGCUGAGGUUGAGAGGCAGAAAAGGCGUAAUGACAUCCUUAGAAUUCGAGCGAAAGCUUUGAUGAGACGAGCUAAGGCAAGGAGCGAACUCGGGGGAUGGUCGAAUCUAUCUAGUGCUGAAGAAGAUUACAAGACUCUAUCGACCAUGGCAAAUCUCAGUGCUGCGGACAGGAAGAUUGUUCAAACGCAAUUAAUAAUCCUUCCUUCAAGAACGAAGGCGGCCCAAGAGAAGGAGAUGUCAGAGAUGUGGGGGAAGUUGAAGGACCUUGGAAACGGAAUAUUGAAGCCUUUUGGUCUCAGUACGGACAAUUUCAACAUGGUAAAAGACGAGAAGACCGGCGGUUACAGCAUGAACUUCUCUCAGAACGGCGCGAGUCAAUAAUACAGAUCCUGGUGUUACACACCGCCAUAAUAUUAAUACUGAGCCCUACCCCUGGGCCUGAACGUGUAAGAUUGAUUUCAGAUUCUAAAGUUGUUAAUAAUUUCAAGGGCAAAGUAUUUGCCGCAUCAUGUGCUUAGUGAUCUUUCUGUUUCCUUUUGUCCUUUGGUGGAUUGCUCCCAACUGAACUAGCAAGGCUCUAUUUUCCUCUAUCAAACCAACAUCACCAUUCUAGAUUCCAUAUUUCUUGUCAUUGACACAUAAAUUCAGGGGAGCAACAAAUGUCGUGAUAAAUUCAUGCCCAACAGCAUAUUUGCUCAUAGCCAUUAAUAAGCGGGUUUAUAUUUCACCCUUAGACUAUCUCAUCUAGUUUACGGCGAAGCCUGCUUCUCAUGAACUAGUAAGGAGCACGACGCCCGGUCAU